AUGAGACAAAUUUAUGAAAGAAGAGCAAAUAGAUCAAAGGUUUGUGAAAAGAUUUUUGAGAUUUUUUUGUGUGAAAGUUGAGAGAUACUUAUUUUUAUUUGCUGGGUAAUUGAGCUGAAAAAUUGGCAUUUUUUGAGAGAACUUUUGAGAUGAAAAAUGUGUGGUUUUCGUGGCUGCAAGAUUUUUUCACUGUUUCGGAAUUUUUUAAUCGAAAAAUUUGGAUUACAACUGAUUUUUUGGUAUUUAUUUUUUCACUGUUUCAAGAUUUUCUCAAUUUCGAAUUUUUACUCGAAAAUUUAGUUCCUUCUUUCUUUUUUAGGCUCGUAAUUUUCUAGUACAAAAUUCUCACAGAUUCUAUGAUUUCUGUUUUUUUUUCACUGUUUCAAAAAAAUCUUGAAGUUUUAAAGGUUACUUGAGGUUUAGUUCAUAUUUAAUUUCCAACGCCAUAAAUUCAUAGAAAUACAUUUUUCAAAUUAGAAGUUCAAAAAUCAAAAAUUCACUGUUUCAAAAAUGUUUGAACUGUUUUUGAUGUGAAUUAUUUUUUUAAACAUUUUUUUUGACAUAAAAUUUUCACUGUUUCAAGAAUUUUCUAUAAAUGAUUUGGAAACUUGCUAUUUUGAUAAGCAUGUGGUUGCGUACUGUUUCAAAAAUGUUCAAUGAAAUAUUGACAAUAUCCAAAAUUAUAGUUUUUUGUUUAAAAAUCAGUGAAUUUUUUACUGUUUCAAAAUUAUUGAAAGUGUGAAAAAUACAAAGUUUUGAUUCUACUAAUUUUUACUGUUUCAAAAUUGUUUUGAAUAUUUCAGAUCUCAGCACCAUCUGAUAUUUCUCUUUUUAUAAGUCCAGCUAAUUUUGUUUCAAUUUUUUUUGCAGGAUUCCCUCUGCGCUCUUUCUCUUCGGUGUAUGCCUACAAUACCGUAUCCUCUCGAAAAUGUUCGUUUUCCUCUCGAUUUUCCACUUCCUGCAACGUCAAUGCCACUUCUAACCAAUUCAUCUCAAAAUGGAAAUGGACGAACUCGUAAUUCGUCAUCAAUCAAUAUUUCAUUUGACAAUGCAAAAAGUAGUGAUGAAGAAGAUGGAAUUGAUGAAGAUGAUGAAGGAAUUAUGGAGGAAAAUGGGGCGGGUUUUGGAAUGGAGAAAUCGGAUGAUGAAGAUGGAAAUGCGGGUGGGGUAAAGGUGAGCGAAAAUUUCGGAGCUCAAAAUCCACGUGGAUAAUUUGAAAGAAUUUCAAACAGAAACAUCAAAUUUUUACUGUUUCAAAAUAUUUAGAAACAUUUUUCUUGCAAUCUUUUAGCCAGUCGUAAAUUGAUUUGAAUUUUUUUAAAAAUUCAUUAAUUUUGAAGUUUUUUUGCUUUUUCCUUGAUUUUUUGUAGUCCUAAUUUAUUUUCCUUUGAUUUUGAAACAGUGAAAAAACAGAGUUUCGGAGAAAAAUCGGAUACGAAUGAACUAUUCAAUACAACAACAAAAAUAAUUUUCAUAAAAAUUUGAAACAGUGAAAAAAUUGAGGCCAAAAAUUACUUUCAAACAUCUGAAGCGGAUUUUUAUUGCUCCAGAAAUCCACGUGGAAAUUGGAAAUUAAAAAAAAAAUUUAUGAAAAAUUUACUGUUUCAAAAGUUUUGUAUUUAAAAAUCUCUUUAAUUUUCCGAAUUGCAAUUAUGUUUUCAUAAGGCCAAAAAAACAAAUUCAAAUUUUUUCCAGCAAAUAUCAUUGCCCCUACCGAAAUCCUCGAAAUUGACUCCAGCACAACUCAAAAAUUAUCAAGGAUUUUUCAAAGAAUUAUUCGAUGAAUCUGGAACUCGAGAAAAUGGACAAUAUUUGAAAAAUGAUGAAAAUUGGAAAAAUUUAUGUAAAUCGACGAAAAUGGCGAUGCCAAAUCGACAAAUUCUACCAAUUGAGAUGUUUUUGAGUCCGCCUGGAGCUGCAAAAUCCGAAACACUGUGCAAAACCACUUCGAGUAUGAGAAAAAUGAUUGUUGAAGAAAUGGACAGAACUAGCGAGAAAUAUUCGAAUGUGGUUUAUGAUUUGGAUUCGAUUUGUUUUGAUGGCGGACAUCCGGAAACGGAUUAUCCGGAAAAUGUUGGAAAAUUGGAUGGCGGACGGGAUUUGAUAUUUGAGAGCCGAUUUGAGAGCGGAAAUUUGAGACGGGCUACACAAGUUGCGCCAACUCAUUAUGAAUUGAUGUUGACGCCCGAUAUGAAUCAGUUGUCUGAGCAUUUUCAGUGGUUUUUCUUUCAGGUGAGCGGGAGGCGGAAGCGAUGCGGAAGAUUUCUUUAUGACUCAAGUAACCGCGCCUAGAGAACCCUAUUGUAUAGCAAUCGCGCCUAGAGAACCCUUUCUGACCAGGAGCCGCGCCUUGAGAGUCUUGUUCUCAAGUAGUCGCGCUUUGAGAACCAUAUUGUAUAGCAGUCGCACCUAGAGAUCCACUCUAACAAGGAGGCGCGCCUAGAGAUCCACUCUGAUAAGAAGCCGCACCUUGAGAGCUUCUAUGUCAAGAGGUCGAGCAUAUAGAGCCUUGUUCUCAAGUAGCCGCCUCUAGAGAACCCUAUUGUCUAGGAGUCGUGUCUAGAAACUCUUUCUGACAAGGAGUCGCGCCUUGACAAGGGAACCUUUUUUACUCAACACUUCAAACCUUGAUGAAAUUUUGUCCAGAGACAGCUUUUGGGGCCAUAAGAACACCCUAAAAAUUUAAGUUACCCAAUGGACCUAUGAGCCAAGUUCUGGGCUCUCAAAAACUCAAAAAAGGCCAAAAAAUGGUCACAAAAGUCAUCAUAGCUCCAUUUCAAAAAUUUUUUUGGGAGAAAUAAAGUUUCAGAUAUUGAUCAGCAUAGUCGAUUACCUAAAAGUACAUCAAUAAAAAACAUUUUUUCGAAAAAUUUUGAAGUUUUUUUAUUUUUGGGCUGAAAAUUCAUGAAAAUUCAUAUGUGCCCCUGCUCAUUCUUUUUUCCAAAAUCAAAAUUUUUUCUGAAAAUUUGAUUUAUUGAUGGUUUUUGGGUAAAUCGACCACGCUGAUCAUCAUCUGCUACUCAGUUUUUCAUAAAAUUGAUCGAGAAUUGAGUUAUGACGUGUUUUAUGAGCCAAUUUUGACAAUUUUUGAACUUUUGAGAGCCCAGAACUUGGCUCAGAGGUCCAUUGGGUAACUAAAAUUUUUAGGGUGUUCUUAUGGCCCUAAAAGCUGUCUCUGGACAAAAUUUCAUCAUGAUUUGAAGUGUUGAGUAAAAAAGGUUCCCUUGUGAGAGCCUAGUUCUCAAGUAGCCGCCCCUAGAGAACCCUAUUGUCUAGGAGUCGUGUCUAGAGAUCCACUCUGAUAAGAAGCCGCACCUUGAGAGCUUCUAUGUCAAGAGGUCGAGCCUAGAGAGCCUAGUUCUCAAGUAGCCGCGCCUAGAGAACAAUAUUGUAUAGCAGUCGCGCCUAGAGAACCCUAUCUGACAAGGAACCGCGCCUUGAGAGAUGUUAUGCCAAAGAGCCGAGCCUAGAGAAUCCAGAUUCAAAAGUUUUGCGGUAUAAAACCUGGCACGUGGCAAAGUUUCCUAUAAAAAUUCAAAUUUAGAGCUAAAAAUCUCGCGAGUGGAAAUUCCUCUACGUCUCUAACAGUCUCUAGUUAAUUUUGAAAAAAUUCAAAAUCCUCUGCUUUUUCCAGGUUUCCAAUACUCGAAAAGAUAUAAUUUACACAUUUGAAAUCGCGAAUUGCCUAAAACCAACAUCAAUGUAUAGUCAAGGAAUGCAACCAGUUAUGUUUUCAAUAAUCGAUAAAAAUGAGGGAUGGAAAAGAUGUGGAUAUAAUGUGUGUUAUUAUCGAAAUUUGUAUGCUUGUACUGAAGUUUCGACAACUCCGAAAGGUGCCACCGCGCAAAAUGAGGAUAAUGGAGAGGAAAAACGGAAAAAGUGAGAGGGUUUUUGACUGUUUCACGGGGGAAAUUUGGGAUAGAAAAUAGUGUUUUUGAGUUUUGAAAUUUUGAAAAAUCCAAGAAAAAAUUUACUGUUUCAAAUUUUUUUUUAAAAUAAUUUUAUGAAUUUAUUUUUUGAUGCUAUCCCUGCAAUUGCAAAAUUAUUCGUAGAAAUUUACUGUUUCAGAAUAUUUUUUUUAGAAAUGUCUCCUGAAUCUAAUUUUUGAUGAAUCGUUUUAAAAGUCCUGUAGAUCUGGAAUUUUCAGAAUCCAAAAAUUUUUAUAUAAAAAUUCACUGUUUCAAAAAUUUCCCUAGGGAUUUUGGUGGAUUUUUUGAGUGAAAAAAUUUACUGUUUCAAAAUUUUUGUAAUUUUUUCUCAAUUUCAUUUUUUGAUCAUUCUCAGAAGGAAAAUACAUUUUCAUCGAAAAAGUUCACUGUUUCAAACUUUUGCAUAUUUUUUCUCAAAUUUUUCUUUUAUUAAUAAAUCGAAUGUUUUCUUCACCAAAAAUUUACUGUUUCAAAAUUUUUUAAAAAUAAUUUUAUGAAUUUAAUUUUUGAUGUUACUAAGUUACUGAAAAAUUUAACAUUAUUCGUAGAGUUUACUGUUUUAGAAAUUUUUUUAGAAAUGUCUUCUGAAUCUAAUUUUUGAUGAAUACUUUUAUUUCGUUUUAAAAAUCCUGUAGAUGUGGAAUUUUCUGAAUCCAAAAUUUUUUGUUAUAAAAUUACUGUUUCAAAAUUUCCCUAGUGAAAAAAAUUUGAUGAAAUUUUUGAGUGAAAAAAUUUACUGUUUCGAAAUUUUUUGUAAAUUUUUUUUGUAAAUCUAAUUUUUUGAUCAUUCGUAGAAAGCUGGAAUUUUGAGUUGAUAUCUGAAAAAUGCAAGAAAAAUACAUUUUUACAGAAAAAAAUUACUGUUUCAAAAUUGUUGUAUAUUUUUUCGAAAAUCCUUGUUUUAUUCCCACUCUAGGUUCAAAAUCUGCAUAAUUUUCGAAUUGAAAAUAAACAGCAAAAAAAUUUUAUUUGAAAAAUCCAAGUAAAAUUUUUUCAUCGAAAAAGUUCACUGUUUCAAACUUUUGUAUAUUUUUUCUCAAAUUUUUUUUUUCAUUAAUGACCAACAUUCUACCAAAAAUUCACUGUUUCAAAAUUUUUGGUAAAUAAUUUUAUGAAUUUAAUUUUUGAUUAUCGAUGUGUGAAUAAUGAAAUAAAAAUAUCAAGCCCCUCCCCCAGGAUUACUGUUAACCAAAAAAACUUCAAAAAAUAAUUUCUGAAUUCCAGAAAACUAUGAAUUUCCAUCUAAAUUAUCAAAAUUCAGAAAAAAACACAUUUUUCAAUAUACCAAAUAAUUUACUGUUUCAAAAUUUUCUUGAAUAUUAUUUUAGAUUUUAAUAUAUAUUCUGAUUUUUUUCGAUAUAUUCAAGAUGUUUCAAUAUAAAAUUUGAAUUUUCUAAAAAUUUCAAGCAAUUUCUCAAUUUCCAGACAUUAUUAUUCAAUGCGUUUCAAUAUUGUCUUUCCAAAUACAGCCGAUGUUGUCUAUAUUGCCUAUCAUUUUCCAUAUACUUAUUCAUUUCUUAGCGUAAGUCCCUUUCUCUUCCCAGCUCCCCAGUCAUGUUUUGUUCCAGGCCUCAAUUCACGAAUUUCGUCGUCUCAAACUCUCUGCUGUUUAUUGUCGCGAAGAUGUUAUUGGCCAUUCCAUUGCUGGAAAUCCAAUGAGAAUGUUGACUAUUUCAUCGCCAUGUUCACCACAAGAAUUGGCCAAAAAAGAGGUUAUUGUAUUGACUGCGAGAGUUCAUCCGGGAGAAAGUAAUGCAAGUUGGAUGAUGCACGGUGAGUUGUUGUUUUGGGGGAUAAAUUUAAAAAAAACUUGAAAUGUCUAGCCGAAUAGAAAGUUCUAGUUACGCGAACUUUUCAAAUUAAGUUAGAGAAAAUCGCAUUUCCAUUUUUUUUUGUUCUAGGAAUCUUGGAACAAUUACUCACCGGAAACUCAACCGAAAUGUAUCGACUACGAGAAAAAUAUUUGUUCAAAGUGAUUCCGAUGUUGAAUCCGGAUGGUGUUAUCAAUGGAUCACAUCGUUGUUCAUUAGCUGGAAUUGAUUUGAAUCGAGUUUGGGAUCGACCCAAUGAUUUGUUGCAUCCAGAAGUUUAUCACACCAAAGCGAUUGUUCAGUUUUUGGUGAGUCAUUUUUGAUUUGGAAUGUAGUAAUCAAAGUGGAAGAAGUGGGAAAAUAGUUAGAAAAAUGUUGAAAAAACUCACUGUUUCAAAAUUUCUCCAAAUUUUUUAAAAAUACAUAUAGCGUGAUGAUAAAAGCAAAUUUAACAGAUUCCGAAAAAUUAUUGUAAAAAUUUUGAAACAGUGGAUUUUUUUUCGAACAUUUUUUUUCAAAAAUAAUAAACAUGUCGGAGUCCUUUUGAUUUGGAAUGUAGUAAUUAAAGUGGGAAGUUGAGAAAUUUGUGAAACGUAUUUCGACCGGGAAAAUUUAUUUGAGGAAAAUUGAAUAAAGAUAUGUUUUCUAGUAGAUUUUGACCCUUUUCUCAACUGAGUUAUGACGUAGCAAAAUUAUCCAUAAACACAGGAAAUAAUCCAAAAUAACUAACUUGUUAGCAAAAAAAAAUAAUUUUUCAAAUUUUUUGCAGAAAUUUUGAAACAGUGGUUUUUUUUCGAACAUUUUUAUUAUAAUCGACCCUGUUGAAAAAAAAACUCACUGUUUCAAAAUUUCUCCAAUUUUUUAAAAAUACAUAUAGCGUGAUGAUAAGAGCAAAAUUAACCAAAUCCGAAAAAAUCUUGUUAAAAUUUUGAAACAGUGGAUUUUUUUCAAUAACAUGUAGGCCUUUUUUUGCCACAUCAUUGACUUUGUUAAUUUUGUUAGCAAAAUGAACAAAAUUCGAAAAAAUAUUGUAAAAAUUUUGAAACAGUGGAUUUUUUUCAAAAAUAAUAAACAUGUCGGAGUCCUUUUGAUUUGAAAUGUAGUAAUCAAAGUGGCAAGUUGAGAAAUUUGUGAAACGUAUUUCGACCGGGAAAAUUUAUUUGAGGAAAAUUGAAUAAAUGUAUGUUUUCUAGUAGAUUUUGACCCUUUUCUCAACUGAGUUAUGACGUAGCAAAAUUAUCCAUAAACACAGGAAAUAAUCCAAAAUAACUAACUUGUUAGCAAAAAAAAAUAAUUUUUCAAAUUUUUUGCAGAAAUUUUGAAACAGUGGAUUUUUUUUCGAAAAAAAAAAUUUUUUUGAAAAUUGAUAAUAAAUCUUUUUUCUUAUUAAUAAAUACAAAAAAUAUGUGUAAUCCCCUGUUGAAAAAACUCACUGUUUCAAAAUUUCUCCAAUUUUUAAAAAUUAUGUACAGUGAUGAUUGCAGUAAAAUUAACAAAAUCCGAAAAAAUCUUGUUAAAAUUUUGAAACAGUCGAUUUUUUUCGAAAAAAAAUAAUUUUUGAAAAUUGAUAAUAAUUUUUUUUCUAAUUAAUGAAUACAAAAAAUAUAUGUAAUCGACUCUGUUAAAAAAACUUACUGUUUCAAAAUUUCUCCAUUUUUUUGCAUUUAUAAUUAAUAUGACAAUACAUAUCCUUGAUAUCAAAAUUAACAAAUUCCGAAAAAAUCUUGUUAAAAUUUGAAACAGUUAAUUUUUUUUCAAUAACAUUUAGGCCUUUUUUGCCACGUCAUAACUUUAAUAAAACCAAAAAUCUGAUUUCAGUGUGACAAUCUGAACAAACGCCCUCUUGCAUUCGUCGAUUUACACGGUCAUUCGAAAAAAUGGGAUUAUUUCGUGUAUGGCAACAAUCCGGCUGAAUCUUGGAGAUCAGAAGAUGCUCCAAGUUGCUCAGAACAACACGAAGAUGAGCAUUUAGCAUUGCCGCGAGCUCUCGAAACUGUUGCAAACAAUAAAUUCAACGCAUCGGAAUGUCGUUUCUCAAUAACUCGCGCAAAAGAAGCGUCAGCACGUGUCAAUAUUUGGCGACAAUUUGGUGUAACUUGGGCUUAUACACUUGAAUCGACAUAUUGUGGAUUCAAUUCGAAAGGUUGUCAGAUUAAUAUGGGAGAUUUGAAGGAUAUUGGAAGAGAGCUGCUUUUUUCGUUUUUGGAGAUUUCGAAUUUUUCGCUUAAUAAGGACGCAUAA